AUGAAUUCUUUUAUUGACAAUAAGCAAAAUAUUUGGUUUCGAGGAAAGGAUGUUGCUAAGAUACUUGGAUAUAGAGAUCCUGAUCAGGCUAUUAGAAAAAAUGUAUCAACAGAAAACAAAUGUUUCAUCUUAUUCGCUCUAAAUGUUCCCCCGUCUCAACGACGGGUCAACAAAAUGACACCAGAGGAAAAUAUUGUUCCCCCGUCUCAACGCCACCUCAACAAAAUGGUAUUGGGGGAUAUAAAACACCCCCCCAACAAAAUAACACCAGAGGCUCAAAUUGUAGGGGUGGCAAAACGCCACCUCGACAAAAUGGUACCAGGGGCCCUGAAACAGGGCGUCAACAAAAUGACAGUAGAGGAAAAUAUUGUACAUUUAUUAAUGAGCCUGGUUUUUAUGAGCUUGUAGUUAGUUCUAAAUUAGAGUUUGCUAAAAAGUUUCGCCAGUGGGUAUUUACUACAGUUCUUCCAACUAUCCGUAAAUAUGGUCAAUACAAAAUGUUUGAUAGUCCCUGGAAUAAGAUGAUAAUGAUUGGUAAUGAAACCGACCUUCAUUAUAACGUUGUUCAACUAAUUAGAAAUUAUUAUCCAGAUUUUAUAUUAGUAGCCGGACUGGGAGAGAAUCAAGAUACAGAGGAUAAGAGACUAGAUUCAUAUAAGAAAGGAUAUACCCGCGGGCAACCAGAUUUAAUGAUUCUUGAUUAUCACAAAGGUUAUAAAGGUCUUUGUAUUGAAUUUAAAUCACCAACUAAUAAUUACCAUGUAUCAGAAGCUCAACUGAAGAUGAAAGAGAAGUACCGUGAUAAUGACUAUGCAUUUAUACUUAGUAAUGAUUAUGAUAAAAUAACCAAACUUAUUCAUAAAUAUAUGGCUGGUGUUCGUAUUCCAUGUAAAUAUUGGACAAAAGCAUUUCGUAAUAAAAAAAAAACAUUGGAAAAACAUUAUAAAGUUAUUCAUAGAAUUGAGAAAAACAUCUAA